AAAUAUCCAUGCCAAACGCAGUCGAUUUGAAGAAAAUAGUUAAGCUUAACUAUUUAAAUUAAGCUUAUUAUUGUGUUUUAUCGUCAUCUCUCAGAGACAAAGAGAAGAAGAAGAAGAAGAAGAAAUGGGAGGUAACACGUCACACUUUGAAGACUCGGAUGAAUCGGAUGAAUUUCCACGUGAACACAAGUCUCGCAUCGUGGCCUUCCAUUCCGAGGACCAAUGGAACACCCACUUUGCUGCCGUCAAAGACAGCAAUAAACUGAUGGUGAUUGAUUUCACGGCUAAAUGGUGUGGACCUUGUAGAGCCAUGGUGCCAAUCUUCAGAGAGUAUGCUGAUAAAUUCACCGAUGUUGAGUUCGUCAAGAUUGAUGUCGACGAGCUAUCGGAUGUGGCAAUGGAGUUUAGUGUGCAGGCAAUGCCUUCAUUUGUAUUCGUGAAGAAAGGGGAGGUGGUUGAUAAGGUCGUGGGGGCCAUGAAAGAUGAACUGCAGAAGAAGAUUGAGAAACACAGGAGAUCAUAAUUAAGUUUCCAGAAGAAGAUUGAGGAACACAAGAGAUCAUAAUUAAGUUUUAAUUAGUAAUCAAUGAAUUAAUUAACUGAUGCUGUGGUUUCUUCGAUAGUACUUAUGUACUCACUUAUGAGUACCAUAUAUACUUAUUUUUUGGUUUGGCCUAAUCAAACACGUGUUUCUUGUUUUUUAAAGGUUAUUAUGACACUAUUUUUUAAAACAAUAAAACAUGUAUUAAAAUAACAUUGGGCCAAAUCUAAAAAGUACAUAUAUAAAGUAUUUACUAGUGAGUACCUAAGUAUUAUCUAAUUAAAGCUCGAUCAAUAAUAUAUUAUAAUGACAACGUGAUACCAACAUGUGAGAGUGGAAAAAAUAAAGCGAAAAGGAAAGAAUAUAGGAAAGCUGAAUAAGGUGUAGAGUGAAUAAGAUUGAUCAUGUAUUCUCUAAUUUUCGUGAUUGUCUAUGAUGUUAGUAUUUCUCAAGUGUUAUUUGACUCUUUUUGAUAAAUUGUAAGCUAUGGAUCAAUAAAUUUAGAGUAGUGUUAUUCACACAA